CAAAGAGUUGGCUGAGCAUCUUUCUAGCUUUUACCACUGCGUUUCGAACUAAAACUUUACGUCGUCCAGAUUUAGACAUUGACAAAGAACAAUGUCGGAUGUAGGCUCUGAUGAGUUUGAUGAUGAACACAGUAAACUCGGGGAAUAUGAAGGGGGCAGAAACGAAGCAGGAGAGAGGCACGGAGUCGGUAAAGCUGUUCUGCCCAACGGAGAUAUUUAUCAGGGACAGUAUGAGAACGGCAAAAGACACGGAGAGGGGACAUAUCGCUUCAAGAAUGGGGCAAGAUAUGUGGGAGACUAUUACCAGAACAUAAAACAUGGACAGGGCACUUUCUACUAUCCAGAUGGCUCUAAGUAUGAAGGGUCAUGGGUUGAGGACCUGAGACAGGGUCAUGGUGUCUACACUUACCCCAAUGGAGACACGUAUGAUGGAGAGUGGCUGCAUCACAUGAGGCAUGGCCAGGGCAUUUACCACUACCACGAAACUGGCUCAAAGUACAAGGGCUCAUGGGUGAAUGGCAAGAUGGAGUCAGCUGGAGAGUACAUCCACUCUAACCACAGAUACAAGGGUAACUUUGUCAACAAUAAUCCAUAUGGCCCGGGGAAGUAUGUGUUUGACGUUGGGUGUGAGCAGCAUGGUGAAUACCACCAAGCAGAGAAGGACCGAGCUGAGGGUGAGUGGGGCGAGUUGGCCUCCACCGCCGUCCUCAAGUGGAUUCCCAAGUGUGUCACUGGCCCGACGCUGUGGACUCCAGGCCAAGACACUUCAGCCAGGGAAAAGGAAACAGCUUCAGCGGAAGAGGGGGCAGAGAACUGACCUGUGUGAUCAAUCCACAAUCCUGCAUCUUUCAACCUUUGUUUAAAAAGCACAAAAACAUAAAUAUAUGAAUAAAUAUGUAAAUAAAUCUGUUAAGCUUGUA